CAGGGCAGCGGCUGGAGGGGCCCAGGGAAAGGGGGAGCGCCCAGCAGGAGGCCGCGUGCGGGCUGACGGAGGGAGCCGUUUCUGGUCCCCGUCUCCCGGGGCAGCGGGAGCGGGCAGCAGCAGCCCCGGCCCCGGCGCCAUGGAGAGCUACACGGUGUUGGAGCAGCUGGAGCCCGGGGCUCUGGGCACAAUGCUGGUGGUGGAGUUAAAAACGGAGAAAGAAGGUGCUGGGAGGAAAUAUGUGCUGAAGCAGGUUGAAUGCAUUGAUGAACAACAAGCAAAUGAAGCCCUGAAGGAGGCAAUGGAUCUGCUGAAACUUCAGCAUUCAAACAUCUGCAUUUACAAAGAAUUGUUUAUCACCUGGGAUAAUAAGAUUUCAUCUCUAUUUCUUUGUCUGGUGAUGCAACACUCAAGCCAAGGAGACCUUUCAUCUCUGAUCAAGGCAAAAAGAAAGAAGCGAGAGAAAGUAGAAGAUAUGGUGCUUCAGAAGUUCCUGGGGCAGAUGGUGGAUGCUUUGUUUUAUAUACACAAACAAAAUGUUUUUCACAGAAACCUCAAACCGUCUAACAUCCUUUUAACUGAUGAAGUAUCCUUCAUGCUUUGCGAUUUCAGUGUAGAAACUCUUAUGACUGAUGAAAUGAAAUGGAAGAUAAGAGUGGAAGAAGAUUCUGACUCUAAAUCCUGGAUGUCCCCUGAAGCACUCUGCUUUUCCUUUAGUGAGAAGUCUGACAUUUGGUCUUUAGGAUGUAUUCUACUAGACAUGAUGACCUGCUUCUUUCUGAAGGUGAAAGACACAAAUUCAUUACUGCAGGAUAUUAGAAAGGACACCAGUAGUCUUGAGAGAGUUCUGACGUUAAUGCAGAAAGGGAAUAAAGAGACUCUGCCUUUGUCUCAAAUUUUACUUAUGAUGCUACAGAUUCUGCCCAGUAUGAGACCCUCAGCAAAGGAUCUGGCUGAUAUUCCAUAUGUUAUGGAAUGUUUGACUCUUGCUGGUUCCUCGUUAUCAAAACAGGAAAAAACCUUGCCUUCAGCAAUUUUAGAUAUGCUCCUUGAAGGAGGAAUUGGAAGUGUUUUAGAAUUUAUGCAGACUUACUGGGACAUAGAGCAGGCUCAAGCAAAAGCCAUAAAGCGCCUUGCCAGCUUACUAGGAGAAGAAAAUGGUAUGGCCUUAACGUGUUUGCUAGAACUUCUGGAUCCUGUCACUUGUGCAAUGAGGACUCAUAUAGAUUCUCUAGAGCUACAAUUAGAUGGCUGCAGAUUACUGCUUGACAUUAUUGGCCAAGCCCUACAACAGAAUGUGGAUGUGGAGAUGCUAGUUGGUGAGGAAGGAAUCCAUUCUCUGUUAAAGACAAUGAGAACAUAUUCCGAAAAUGAAGAACUGCUCUCAAUGAUCUGCACUUUACUAAUGAUGAUUUCAGCCAGUGAAAUGGCUGCAGAAGCACUGAGGAAAGCUGGAGUCAUCACAGAUGUUCUGUCAAUUAUAAGCAAUUUUCCUCAGAACAGACAGAUCUGCCUUUCUUGCUCUGGUAUUCUUUGGAGCUUGGCUGUGAAUGAAAGUAACAUGGGACAAGCAUCACUAAAAAAUGCUGUCCAGAUUAUCACUGGAGUCCUCCAAGAACACCGUGAGGAUGGAGAGGUGGUUGAGUCGGCUUGCUCUGCCCUCUGGGUUCUGACACUUCAGGGCUGCUUAAUUGAAAGCCAGUAUGAACCAACAACUCUGCUUUUGUUGGAUGCUCUCAGGAUGAAUCCAGAAAGACCAGUGCUGGUGAAGAAUACCUGCUUGGCAUUGGCAAGCCUCCUAAGGAUAUCUGAGUUAUCUGCUUUCAGGCUUAUCGUAACAGAUACAAAGGGCAGUGGAAUAAGCCUGAUCAAAGACUCCUACCACUUUCACUGUGAUGAUCCAGAAGUGGUGGAGAACAUCUGUAUGCUGAUUAAUGAGAUGGUGCAGUACGAUGACAUAGUGCUAGAGAUGAUCUCCCAGGAUAUGAAGGAGCUGCUGACUGAAAUGAAAGUCAAGUUUACAUCCAGUAUGGAGAUAAUUACCCUUGUGGAUUCAGCACUUUUGAAACUGCAGAAGUAAGGUAAAAGCUGUUCUCUACAUACAAGGCUUGAAGUCUUCUGAUUCAGGAUGAUCAAGAAACAGGAUCUGAAAGAAAAAUAUUUCCAUUGUAAAGAAUGCAGUAGCAGGAUACUUCAUACAGCGGAGUGCACCAUUCCCAUCAAUUCAAAGGCGUUCACAACGUGAACAAGUGCGAUUGCUACAGUAAGAGCCCCAACCAAUUUGCGUAACCUGGCUCAGAUGGUGCCAUCUUCGGGAGGUGCUGCCUGUGGAGCUUGUAUGCCCUAGCACGGAAUACUCCAGUCUGAUGCAAGUAGCCGAGUGUCUCUGCAUUAAUGAUGCCACUGGCCUCACUGUAGAACUUCACAGACUGUGCUUUGGCCUUCCCUGAAUAUGCAAAUAACUUGAGCAACCUGCUGAUUCCUAGACUAGAAGGAAAUGUUAAAACUAUAUAAAAUGUGCCAUGAGAGCCUUAAUGUCCAUAAAGAGCAGAUAAAAACAGAAGAUCCUAAGGUCUCAUCUGAAAGACUCAGUCACUGGGUAGCUUGAAUGAUGCUGUACUUUAACCUACUCUGGAAUGACAAAAGACUGAAUGGACCAGCUGCAAUCUGAACCUAUGGUUCCAGAGAGGGGAGGUGUUUUAACCUGAUGCUUCAGCUAACAUUCUGGGGUGACAAGUCAGUCACUGAAGAUGGGGGCUUCAAAGCAAUAAAUAUCUAACCAUGUACCUUUAAGUCAUUGUGGACAGCAUGCCCAACUAAAAUCCUUCCUCUCAAGAUGUCAGCCACCUCCUUCUGAACACUUUUAAACUCCGCUCCUAAAAAUGCAACACAUUCUCAGUAAGAGACAAAACAAAACUCAAGUUUGAGACAGCAUUAGGAAGUGGAGUAUUUUAUGUGGCAGGCACUUCCUUGGGAUCCAAGGUAUUGGAGAAUGCAGAAUUCUUGUACACAGUAAUCCCCUGCUUGCUCAUAACUACAGACUCGAAGAUGGCAAAAUAAGCACACACGCGAACAAAAAUAGCAGUCAAUCGAGAAACAGACGUCUCCUUAUUGGCCUAAGAUCACCCUUGCAUUUUUGUAGGCAAUGAUUACAGAAGUUAUACUCUACUAGGGGCAAUAAUGAUCACUCUGCAAGAAAGCGUCAAAUGUAUUUUGAUUCAUGAUCUAUUGUAGAGUUCCCUUUCAUUUAGAUAUUUUAGGUUGUGCUGAGAUUGCGAUUGUUUGUUUUAUUUCCUACACAAAAAUAGAAUUAAACAGGCCCAAAAAUAGCUUAGCAGUAACUCAGUCAGGGAUGUUUCUGUGGUGCUCAACUGGAUCCUCUCUCUUAAGGAAUGUGCUAGGAAAGAUCACUCACCUUUCUUUAUGUCCUUGGGCCGUAUGCCGCUAACAGCUGUCCUGUAAUCGGUCACUUUUUCUGUAGGCUUGACAUAUUUGUCAUAAAUACACUUUCCAAAUUGGUUCACCAUGGAUACACGAGCCAGGAUGCUGUCUUCACCCUGGGGCCCUACUCCCACCAUCUCACAGUCCAUGGCUACAGCUUUUGUCAGCCUAAAAGAGGAUACCAGAGUUAGAAAGCCUUUGCUGUGAUCAUAUACUUCUAGAUGUACAAGUUAGCUACCAGUUAAAACAAAUGGGGCACUUAACAUCUCAGAGUAGUUUCAGUCUGUUUGCAGACUCAGGAAGACAUCAGUUUACACUCUGUUUGUGUUUGGAAGCCACAAUUGGAAGAAAGAGAAAAUGUCUGACACCUCUAUAUACCGUAUAUACACUUUACGUUAGAAAUACAACCUACCCUGCAAAAGCCUUUUCUUUAACCAGCACCUGUUCCAUAGAUAGCGGUGAUUUGCCUUCUUCAAUUCCCAUAUUUCUUCUAGCAACUUUUGCUGCUUCAGGUCCGAUUGCUGCUUCAAUAUCCUCUGGAUCUACACCAUCAAACCAGAUGUCGGCCCUGCCAGGCAAAGAUAAAAUUACAUUGUAACAUGGUUUUAAAAAUGUACUGUCUAAAAGGCCGGUUUAUCUCUGACAGUUUGGCUAAGCCUGUUUAUAAAAGCAAGGAGUCAACUAA